GGCAAGGCGGUGUAAAGGGCGGGGAGAAGGCGCGGGCCCUCACUGCCGGCCCGGGGCUGGUGGGGCGGCGAGCGCGGGGCCGAAGGAGCGCGGCGAGGCGGUCUGCGGCGCUCAGCCCUCGCACGGAAAGCGGUCCUCCCUCCCCUGCCGCGUAGCCCCGCGCUGUGGGCGCAGCGAUGCUGGUGCUGGUGCUGUGCGCCGCCGUGCUGGCGGGAGGCCGGGCCCAGGACGACGACUGGAUCGACCCCACCGAUAUGCUCAACUACGACGCGGCGUCGGGAACGAUGAGAAGGCCUUACAAGGUAAACUAUCAUGAUUCUGAGGAUAAGACAGUGGAUGGAAUCAUCAAUGAAAACUUAUCAAGUUGUUCCAGGGAAGUGGAUUCUUUGCAGCGGAAGAUUGCAGAAUGUGAGAACAGGAAUGCCAAAUCUCGUGAAAGCCGGAGCUUUUAUAUUUUUAAGCGGUACUUGAAUAAGAUUUUAAAUGAAGCUAGGAAACUUGGCCUUCCCGAGGGAAACAUGGACCAAGUGCAUUAUGAUGCUGAGAUUAUCCUCACAAAACAGACACAUCUGGAGAUCCUCCGGUUCCUGCAGGAGGAAGCGUGGCAGCCAGGUGCUGUGGAUGAUGCACUUAGCAAUAUUUUGAUCAAUUUUAAGCACCACGAUUAUAAAGCUUGGCACUGGAGAUUUGAAGACACUUUUGGAAUUGAUCUGUAUAACGUGUUUAUGAUACUCUUGUGCUUAGUGUGUGUUGUCAUUAUAAUAGCUACAGAGCUGUGGACACGUAUCCACUGGUUUGUUCAGCUGAAACGUGUUUUAUUAAUAAGUUUUCUCAUCAGUUUUGCAUGGAAUUGGCUUUACUUAUAUAAGCGAGCUUUUGCACAGCAUCAAGCAGAAAUUGCCAAAAUGGGGCAGUUUGAUAACAUUUGUGCUGAGAAGUUGGACUGGAGAGAGAGCCUUAUUGGAUGGCUCAGAAGACAGUGGACAUUUCAGGAUGAUCCAUGUCAGAAGUACUAUGAAACUUUGCUAGUAAACCCUGUGCUGCUGGUUCCACCAACAAAGGCAUUGGCUAUUACUUUUACCACCUUUGUGACUGAGCCUUUGAAGCAUGUGGGACAAGGUAUUGGUGAAUUCAUCAGAGCGCUUAUGAAGGAGAUACCACUGAUUCUGCAGGUUCCAGUGCUAAUCAUGAUGGCUCUGCUCAUUCUGGCUUUCUGCUAUGGUGCAGCAUCAUCACUGUCUGCAAUAAGAUAUUUAAUGCCUUCUCAGAAGAAGAGGCUUCCUCUACCUGACGGUCAGCAGGAGGAAAUAGACUUCAGUCAGUAUGAUGGGAGUAAAUCCGAUGGCUGCUAUUCACAGAAGACUCCUAGCAUUUACAGAGGCCACUACAACAGAGGAGAUGUUCAGAUGAGACGUGGAAAUAGCAGCAGCAGUCUUGAUGUGCUGCAUGCGAGUGGAGAGCCAGAUACACGAGUAGAGGAGUCUCAAAAACCAGAAGCUGGUAAUAGAUUUCACCCUGAGGCUGAAAUUCGUAGAUUAGAACCUUCUCCAGCUGCAACCCAUACCGGAGAAAAGGCACUUGAGCAUCAGAAGCAGUGGACAGAUAAAGCAGAGGAAGAGACUGCGAAAAGUAGUGAUCCUAACAGAAACGAGGAAGGACAAAGUUGUGCAGUGGGACCUGCUGAAGAGAGGAAGAGCAGUACGUGCGAGUCACAGGAAGGAGACUGAGGAGUCCCCACACUCUGUGGUAAGUUUUGUCUAACAUGUAAUUGUCACGUACUUGCUAGCUCCAAAGCUACAAGACAAUGUAAAAUCUUCAGUAAUUAUAAAAUAUUUGGAAUUAUAUGGAGCCUA